AUGAUUUCAUCUGCCUUCGCUUUUACAUUCGAUCAAUGUGUACAAGCUGCAGCUGAUCCACAAUUAUCAUCAGCUGAAACACAUCUACUUGCCACUCUUCUCUCACAAGAAGAUCAACUUCACUACCAUCAAAUCAAUAACAUUCAACUUCCACAGCACGUUCUCUACAUUCUACAUCAACUCACCUUCACUUUCACACCAUCCACCUCUUCCUCUUCAUCAGCCACUCUCUGGACGGCUAUCACUCUACUCAAAAAACUCUACCUCCUCUCACAACAACAACACCCAAUCGAUCUCAUCACCAUCGUUGCAUCCUUCACUCUUGCUCACAAAUAUCAACACUCACAAACACACAUUCUCGACUAUCAUCUCAUCGCUCACACCUUCAACAUCCACGACAUCCAGCUCAUUCAUGAUGGUGAAGUUGCACUUCUCGACGCUCUCUCCUAUGACAUCAGCGUGCCAACACCCGAUGACUUCUUUUCUUACUUCUCCAAUCUGGCUAACAACACUGAUCCGAAAAUCAAAACAAUCAUUGACGAAGCUCGUCUUGCACUCUCGUCGCCCUCACUUUCACAUCAAACAUUCGGUGUUCUUCAUAACUAUUCGCCGAGUGUGGUAGUGCUUUCUGUCAUGUAUAAUCAUUUGACAUCGAAUAGCUGGAUGAGUGAACUAGUGAAGAAGAUUAUUGUCGGAAAGAAAGAUGGUGAUCAGUAUGUCAAACAACUGAUUCAUUGUAUAGCUCAACUUCAAAGUCUUGCAACAUCAUCAUGA